CUUCAGUCCAGUUCAGACCCUGGAGCCAAGCUCUGCUCUGGAAUCCGCCGGGCUCCGCCGCCGAUGUCCAACAUGCACCGAGCUGAUGCUGCUGUGGAUGAUGCUGUCUUAAGGAAGAAAGAGCAGAAAGAUGUUGAACUUGAUAAGAAAAUCUUGGCUUUGCGGAAAAAGAAUGAAGCGCUGAUACGAAGGUACCAGGAAAUAGAGGAGGACAAAAAGCGAGCAGAACAGGAGGGAAUGGCUGUUACCUCCAGGAGGCCCAGGCAGGAUGGACUCACUAUUACCAUCACCAAAGCUCACAACGACCUGAAAGAUGCAAUUACCCAGACUGAACACUAUGGACAAGAUAGCCCAGCCCUCUCGAUGGACAAAAGGGUGGUGAGUGAGAAAUGGGGAAGCCCCUGUCCUACAAGCCCUGGAUUCGGCAUUGGCAGUGAGGAAGAGGAGGAGGAGGAAGCAGAUCAUAUGUUCACAUUCAGGAUGGGGAAGAGGAUGCAGCUGGCUGUUACCAUGGACAACAAAGCAAAGGGCAAGAGGAUCGUCAGUGAGAAACGUGCCGAGAGCUUCCCCGGCCCGGGCCGAGUGCCAGACCUGAGCGAGGAGGAGAUGGACCAUUUGGUGGCUUUCCGACGGGGAAGGAGGAUGCAGAUUGCCAUCACCAUGGAUAACAAGGAAAAGGGAGAAGAGCGGAGAACAGCAGAGAAGAGGAGAUCAGACAGUGACAGAGGCCCAGAAACUGAGCACAGCCGGAAGGAUAGUGGGAAGCCAGUCCAGAAGAGCCCUGGAGACCUGAGUUUCCCCAUGACUGGUCGGGAGCGCUCGGAGUACAUCCGCUGGAAGAGGGAGCGAGACCAGAUUGACCUGGAGCGUCUGGCACGUCACAAGAAUGCCAAGGGCGAGUGGCGACGGGCUUGGGAUGUGGAGAAGUCAGAGUACAUGUUUGAAGAGGACUUUGUUAAGGAUGGGGAGCCAGCCUUGGAUAAUCCCAGCAAUAAGAAAGGGGGAAGGAAUUCAAGGAAAUUCCAGCACAGGUCCUUUCCUGCAGAUGGGAGAGGUGGAGGACAUCAUGGAGUGCAUGUGAGCGACCCUGGUCCGAAAGGAGUGCCUGCUGUGAGCAGCCGAGCCAAGGGGAAGGACAGACUGACAGGCAGAGCCAGAAGAUGGGAUGCAAAAGAAGGCGAGGACAUGUCUCUUCUGAAGGAUGACCUUGAUGGCCAGAAGAGCCUUGGUGUGGACAGGCGGAAGAGCAGAGGUGAUGAGGGGGUGGAAGACAACUGCACAGCUGAGCUGGAGGAAAAGGGGAAACAGCCAAGCCUCCAGGAUCACGGGGCCUCCUCCUCACAGCGGCUGCGAAGUGGGAAGGUCCAGCCUGCCCAGAAUGGCCAGAAGGAGGAGCAGAGGGGAGCGAUGGGCUGCAGCACAGAGGUGUCUGUGGCCAACACCGGGGACUCAGAGCCAGGGCCCAAGCCAAGCAAGGAAAGUGGUGGGGAAGAUGCCAACGGGAAGCCUGGCACUGCUGACAUCUCCCAGGAAGAGGGCACUGUCAGCACUGCUUCAAAGAGCAGCCUUCAGAGCACUGUGCAAGGCACUGGGCCUGGCAGUGAGGAGACCUUGUCACUGCCUGUGGGAGCAAAUGGAGAUGGAGCUGGAUUGGAGAUACAGGCAGCUUCGGAACAGGAGUCCUCUGAAAACGCUUCCAACAGCCACGGAGGAAAGCUCGAGGAAGGAGCAGGAGACAGACUGGAUGCAGAUCAAGGACAGCUGGUGAGCAAAGGAGGGGAAGAAGUGACCCAAACCACUGCUCUUGAGGGACAGGCACUUGCACUGAAAGGAAGUCAAGAUGCUGAAGGCACUGAACACCCUGAGCCUUCACCCCCAGGGAAAGCCAGCUCUGACAAGACUGUUUUGCCUGAGCAGGACACGGCAAAAUCCCAGUCUGGGGAAGGGGACCAGCCUGAGGACUGCAAGGACAAGGACAGUGGGGACACUCACAACUAG